AUGCCGUCCCCCGAAUUGACCCACUCCCACUCGCGUCCUACCGGGCCGGCCACUAUCAAUGCCGUCGUCACCCUCUUGAAAUGGCGUGGACUACCUAUCGAGCUCGCCCAGCGGAUCGUGGACCAGGCGCAGUACUGGACAAAGUGUACGAGGUCAAACAAGCGGGCAUGUACCGUCAUCGCGAGGAUGGCCCCGCCUCGGCAAUCCAGCGGAGGACAGCUCGAGACAUGGACGUCGGGGCAAGAGGACGAGGUGAAGGAGGAUAUGGAGAUGGAGGGGAGUGGAUUGAGAGAUCGAAUAGGGGAGGUGUGGUAUCUCUGUUCGAGCCCGAUGGGGUGCCUACUGAAGCAGCGGAAUGGAGGCGAAGAGAAGGAUGAGACUGGGGCGAGCUCUUGGAUACGUCAAGUGGCGGUGGAGACGUUCUCGAGGGACCAGGGUUGGAGUGAUAAUGCCGCUCACUAUGGCAAAUACGAGCACUCCUACUCCUGGUUCGAGAUGUCUCUUCUGCGCAAUGGACAGGAGGUACCUGAGUCACGUGUCAAGAUACAGUACAAUGUACACGCGGGGCAAUACUUCAAGUCCCAUCGUCACGUCUUCGACAAGACCCAUCCGCUGGUGAGAGAUGCAGUGGAAGGUGACAGACUCGUGUUGUGGGCACGUGCAGAGUAUCCGGGGUGGACAAAUGUGAUCAAAGAAGCAAGUAUAUCGGUGUACACUGCCCCUUAUCCUGUGCCGAGAUAG